AUGUUUUUAAGGCGUGAGGCUUUUUUCUGUAUUUAUGCAAAAGGUUGUGAUGAGCCAAGCUAUGAAAAGCUAGUUCGUUCUCUUUGCAAUCAACACGGAAUUCCAAUUAUUGAAGUUGAAGAUAAAUCAGAAUUAGGCCAAAUGGUUGGACAAUGUAAAGUGGACAAAGAAGGGAAGGCUAGGAAAAUUGUUGGUUGUUCUGUGGCUGUUGUUAAAAAUUAUGGGCGUGAUGAUGAGGCUAAAAGUGAAAUGGAGGAAAUUUUGAAGAAAGUUAAAGUUGGGGGAAAUGAUGAAUAA